AUGGAGCCGCUGCCUCGUCCGAGCGCUCGAGGUGGGCGCGCCCGUCGCACUCAGAAGACUGUACUAGCGACAACUACCGCAGACGCAACCCGUGCAGGAACGGUAGCGACAUCGAGCAGGGAUAUGAACCGCUCCUCCAAGAGCGAACAGAAGAAGCCGGUCACGACUGCCAGUGCUUCUGUUUCUGCCUCGGGCUCUGUUCAAAACAGCAACCGCAAUUUCGGAAGCAGGAGCAACAGCGAUCUCGGUCGGCAGGAGCGUAUCGGGAAGGACAUCGCAGGUGUCGGCUGGAACUUCGGCUCAAGCCAGUCCAAAAGGACUCAAGCUUCCCAAAUCACAGUGUCUGCAUUCAAUCAGAGCACUCGCAACACACGAUCCAUCGAGCCAGGUCCGGAUGAUCGAAGACGGCGCCCAGACAGGAAUGCUCCACUGCCAAACAACAGAUUCGAAAGGCAGGCGGAUUAUCGAGAGAUGGGCAGUCAAUUCGACGGUCACGCCGACCGCUGCGGCCACGAGUUGGACGAGGCAGAUCUGCGCGAUCGUUGA